GUCGAGGAGGAGGUCUCGAGUCAACGUCGUCGCCAGUCCCUUCCUGUACUCUUUCUCCACAUUCUCGCCUGGGUAGCCAUGACUGGCUGGUGGAUUGCCGGGCUCAUCCUCCAUCGCUACGAUUUGGGAUGGCUGGUCCCUUUUCUCGUCUGGCUCGGACUUUCAAUUAGGCUGCUCACACUCCACUUCCCAACGGAACUUGUCACGAAGCCGAUUGGCCAUCUCUGGGCCGAGAACAUCACCCCAACCUCGAAUCACAUUCCACAGUCCACCAGGCUAGCCAUUCUGUCUACCCUAACUCUGGCGGUCAUCCUCGUGGGAACUUUUGCCAGCAAGGAGUCUGCUAGUAACACCCGAGCAGAUCGUGCCGUCAGCCUGUUUGGCUUGAUUGUUUUUGUGGGGGUCUUCUGGGCGACAUCGAGGGAUCGGUCGAAGAUCAAUUGGCACACAGUCAUCACGGGCAUCCUCAUCCAGUUCCUGCUUGGCCUCUUUGUUCUCCGCACGCGGGCAGGCUACGACAUUUUCAACUUCCUCGGUUCCCUAGCCCGAGACCUCCUGGGCUACGCCGGUGACGCCACCGUCUUCCUAACCAGCAAGACGGCGCUGGACUCAGGCUGGUUCCUCGUCACCGUCGUCCCACCCAUGAUAUUCUUCGUCUCCUUCGUGCACCUGCUGCACUACUGGGGAUGGGUGCAAUGGCUAGUCCGGAAACUCGCCACCAUCUUCUUCCACCUCAUGGGCAUCUCGGGCGCCGAGGCCGCCGUGGCAGCCGCGUCGCCGUUCCUGGGCCAGGGCGAGUCCGCCGUGCUGGUCCGCGCGUUCCUGCCCUUGCUUACUCGCGCCGAGCUGCACCAGAUCAUGACCUCGGGCUUUGCCACCAUCGCGGGAAGUGUUCUCUCCGGAUACAUCGCCCUGGGACUCAGUCCAUUGGCACUGGUGUCGUCGUGCGCCAUGAGCAUCCCGGCCUCGAUCGCUAUCUCCAAGCUGCGUUACCCUGAGUCUGAGGAGCCUCUGACGCGAGGAAGCCUUGUCAGGAUUGCAGAGGACAGUGAAAACGAGCGGCCGUUCAACUCGCUCCACGCCUUGGCGAAUGGGUCAUGGGCUGGGAUCAAGAUCGCCGGAAUGGUGGUUGCCAGCGUGCUCUGCAUCCUCGCGCUCCUUGGCCUUGCCAACGGCCUGUUGGGCUGGUGGGGGAGCUACCUCGACAUCGACGACCUCAACAUCCAGCUCAUCAUUGGAUACAUCUUCUAUCCGAUCGCUUUCUUACUCGGUGUUGAGCGUAAUGGGGAUCUGCUGAAGGUCGCUCAGCUAAUCGGCAUGAAGAUUGUUGCGAACGAGUUUGUUGCCUACGGCGAGCUAACACACAAUCCAAAAUACGGCUCUAUCUCUCCCCGCUCGCGCCUCAUCGCCACAUACGCACUCUGCGGUUUCGGGAACAUCAGCGCGGUGGGUAUCCAGAUCGGGGUUUUGUCUCGGCUCGCACCUGGAAGAGCUAGUGCUGUGGCAGAGGUGGCGAUCUCGGCGUUGGUCUCGGGCAUUUUUUCCACCUUGACGAGCGCCUCGAUCGCUGGCAUGUUGAUGGUUGACUGAAGAUACGGC